AUGCUAUUUUCGUAUCACCAACCAAAGUUUUUCUACGUGGCCAUCCAUGACGCAAGAUACUACGAGAUCAACUAUGGAAGAAACUUGCGUAAUGGAAGUCUUCCAGCAAUCCCCGCACAUGGCAACUAUACAGUCCAGUUCUUCGCGAUAAUCCUGGUGAACGACCUCGAUACACUGAUGCUCCCGCUAUGGUUCUCGCGGGAUUAUGGCCGGUCCCUACCGCGACCCCUGACCCUAACCACGCCUACAGGACAUCAUCAUCACGUGGGCUGGAAUAUGGAACCUAAUGGAAGGAUCGUGCCUCAUGGAGGAUGGGACGCUGUCCGGGAACACUACGGCCUAAGGGAUCAGUGGCUGGUGCUGUUCCGUUAUCACGAAGCUCAAAACACCACGUAUGUCAUGUUCUUCAACGGUCAUACAAUGGAAAUCAACUACUUGGCCCAUGCCGAGCCGGGGACGGACUCCACUUGUAUAAGCUAUCCGACGGCCCCAAGUCAAGGCACAUAG